UCCUGUUGUCGUGGUUACGACUAUGUUUCAAGAGUUUUGAUUGCUAAGCCGCACACUGUUUUCGGUUAUCAUGACCACUGUUUCGCAUUUUAAAGAUAUUAGACCACCAAUAAAUAAUGGCUGGCAAGCCUAAAAACGAAGAUAAGAUGGGAGACGUUUUACUUCAGGUCCAACAUGAUUUACGACAACUUAAAUGCAAUAUUGAAAAAAAUGUCAGUGCCAGCGAUGAGGGUGCAACUCUGGAUGUUCAAGCUCUGGACAACGCCAUUAGAAGAACCCAAAGGAGCCUCAUGAAACACACAGAAGAUUAUUGGAAAACAGUGAACAAGCAGCAGCUGAUUCUUCCAACCAUUGCAGACUUACAAAAACAGACUGUAAAGACUCAUAAAUGGAAACCCUGUCUUGAGAGUCUCCCUGAUGUGCAUUCUCAAAGAAAGAAGUUUCAUGGAGCUCUGCCUGAAAGAAAGGUGAAACAUCCGAGAAACAUUUCUGGACCUCUAGAGAGUCUUCAGGUUACUGAAGCAAAGGGAAAGCACUUUCUGGAUCUACCUGAAGAUGACCUGGAACCAGUGUUUCAACCAAGAUUGCUUUGUAUGUCAGUUGAGCACAAGAUUAUGUCUCUUCAACCCAGGCAGGAUAUACACCCUUCUAAAAUAGAAUCAGAUUCCAAGUCCGAUAAGGAUUCAAAAUGGAAAAUGGAUUCAGAAUCCAGCUGUGUCAGAAAAGUUGGUGAACGCCAGCCUCUCUGGACCAGUUCACCAACUAAGUCCAAAGCCUCUGAGGGCAUGGAGCAAAGGGAUACGAAAGCCUCAAGCAGUUUUAUCACUGAAGGCCACCAGAACCGGUCCAUAGAAGCUUCUGUGAGCACCACCAGGUACCCUUUUACAAUCGUAAAGGGACAGAUCGACCUGACGGCGGCAGAUUUCCAGCACUUCAAGCUCAGCUUUAGUUUGUGCUGGAGCAAUGUGGUCGAUGCACUGGAGGCCCUGAAUAAACUUCUCAGGGACUUUGCCGUGCCUGUCGCUGUAGUUAAUGGAGAGCGGUUAGUGGAGUUAUGCCUGAAGUCUUAUUACGGUGGGAGAAAGACUCCGUCAGCGGCCGCUCUCCUCUCAGUGCUUGAAAAUCAGGAGGAGGUGUCAGGUCUGGUCUCACGCCCGGGUCAACGCUACAGAGGAGAGAGUGGCACUGAGGCCGCUGCCAUCCGUAUACAGUCCUGCUGGAGGCGCUACUUGGCCAGGACUGCUUACCUGUGCCACUGCCGACGCAAAUGGGCCGUGCACGUUAUCUCAUUGGCAUGGGUGAUGCACACCGAGAGGUGUCGUGUGAAGAGAGCCCUUCAGGCCAGACGUUUCAAUCAGCUAGAGAAUUAUCGCAGCAGAGCGCAGCAUCUGGCAGCAAACUGGAAACACAUCCGCUCGUCCAAGAGGACCAUUAUCCACAUCCCUUCAUUAGGGUUCUCCCAGAGGCGGAGACUGAACACCAGGAGAUAUGACGUCCUGCAGAAUAUCCAAAUUAGCAGGCUGUGUGACGUUAGAGAUGACAAUGUGGAGGUGAUUUACGUAUGUCCCAUGCAUCUGGGGGAGGACAUCUUGGAGUAUUACUCCAGUCUCCUGAAAUGCAACGGAGGUGAUACCAGAACUAGCCAGGCCUCAUCCUGCAGCAGGCGGUUUAUUAUUCUGACACCCGAGGCUGUGGAUCAUUUCCCUACCCACAACAUGUGUCUGUUUACGCUGCUGAAAUACAGUCCGCGCACCCUGAAGCGUAUCCGGCACCUAAUCCAGGGGAAGCAGGCCUAUAUCGUGGGGGGAGUUGGCCAUGUGGAUGACCUGGCAGUAGCUGACGAGCUGGAUGUGCCCAUCUUGGGUCCAGAACCAGCUGUCUCACAACUCCACGGCACCAAGUCAGGAGGAAGGCGGAUGUUUUCCGUGGCGGGAGUUGACAUACCCCCUGGACAGGGAGACGUGUACUCGCUUAACCAGCUUCAUGAAACACUGGCUGACCUCAUGACUCAAAAUAUCCGCGUGCAGCGCUGGCUCUUUAAGGUCAACGUGCAGCGAGGGGGUCGCGACACAGCGUUCUGCGACGUUUGCCACCUCAGCUGCUACAGCUGGGCCCUACAGCGCUAUCAUCGUUACGGCCCUGACCUAUGGAGCUCAAAAAUGAUUCAGGAGCCUGUCCUGCUCAGGUAUUUAGAUGACGUCCCAGAGUGGCUCGCCCGUUACGCGCGACCGGCCAAAACGUCCCGUUUUCUCAGCUGGUCCAGCUUCCUGAAGGCCUUCCUCAGGCAAGGUGGAGUAGUGGAGGCAUACCCCCCCGCGGAGAGUGUCACCCAUCUGACAGUAGACAUGCUGCUGGAGCCCGGCGGCGAGGUGACCAUGCUGUCCUGUGGAGACCGGCUCCACGGCUCCUGUCCCCUGGACGCGGUGGGAUCCACUGUUCCUCAGACCUCUGUGCACCCAGACACCUUGCGCUCUAUCUGCAUGCGCGUGGCUCAGGCUUGCCAGCAGCACUUGAUCGUGGGUUACGUGUCCGUGGGCCUGGCUACCUUCGUGGACCGCGGCACCAUGGAGCAGAAGGUAUGGGCUUUUGAUCUAGACAUUGCGUACAGCGACCAUCUUGCCACGACCCAGAUGCUCCUGAUGAUGACCGGAGGAACGCUGAACUGGCACACGGGUUGUCUAGAAGUGCCAGCGCCUGUCAAAGGGAAAUGCUCUGAAUACCCAGCUGCAGCAACGCAUCCGGUGGUCAGUCGCUAUGCAGUCAUUGGGAUCCACUUGUUUCAUUCUAACCUGUCGAUGUUGUACCACAAUGUGUUCUUUAAGAUUUGCAAUGUUCAUGGCAUUGGAUUUAACAAGAAGCAAAAGCAAGGCACUGUUUUUGCUCUUUAUGACAGCAGUGAACGAUGCAGCAUCGGAAUGAUAGCGGUCUCAGAGGAUCUCCAGGGAGCUCUGGUGACCUUUGCUCGGAAUCUGUCAGUCAUUCAUCAGGAAAUAUCAUCCUCUAAAAAGCAAGGAGAAACCAAUUUCAAGGACCUGAUCAGAAACAUAGAAGACGUGUUGCAGAUGGUUACUCAGAACAAGAACCGGCUGAAGGACAAACCUGCUGACUAAAAAGUUGCUUCGCCAGUGAACCGUUCAGAUACGUACCGUCUGAUAAAGCGUAGCUUUCAGAAUAAACUUCUUAAUAUGCUGUCAUGAAUCUGUCACAUGUUGCCGUUUUGGAGAAGAUAUGUAUACUUAGUUUCCACAAAGAACUCAUGCACAUUUUCCUGUAUACAGUGACUCUCUAUAAAGUGUAAAAACCCAGAAAAAAAAAGAAAGCAGAGUAAACAUUUAAAAAUGUUAAUGACAUAAAAUGUGACAUUUGUCCUCAUUAAUUCAACUGAAAAACAAUGAAACCUUUUAGCAGAAAAAAAAUACUUACGUUUCAUGUAAUCAUUUAUGGUUCAGGUUGAACAGGUCUAAUAGCAAAGUUGACUAUAUCCUAUAUUUUAAGUCAGAUAAUCUGAUCAUCUAAUCUUCAUCGUGCCAGGGUAUAUAAACAGUGUUGAACGUCUUGCAUUGGUUCUCCUGACUGUUAAGGUCACUUCAGUCCUCUGCGACGUCUCUGCCAACUAUGACCAGCUAAAGGAUGCAAAUGUAAAAAGGCCAGAAAAGUCAGAUUAGGACAGAUAAACCUUCUCUCAAGUUUCUCAGAUUCAGUUCAAGGUGAACUCAAGAAAACUAUGCUGAAAGAUAAGGUACCUGAAACAAAAGGUAAUUCAGAUAGGUAUUAGAUUAUCGCUGUGCAGAUUUAUCCAACUAGAUUAUUGCUGCUUUAUAUUUUAUUUUUUUACAUUGCCCUAACCAAUUUGCUAAUUUUUCUUCUAGUUGAUUUACAGAGAAUAAAUACUCCAUUAUAUAUGGAAAAUGUUUUGAAAUGGUUUAUAAUGGUGUCUAAAGCCAUGCGUUUUAACAGAGGUGUGGAGACUUUUGAAAGCCGCUGUACAACAUCAGUUUGUUUUGGAAACUUCAGACUACAACCCGUGAAUGUAAUGCUAGAAUAGAUACACCUCAUAGCAGGUGAUAAUGAAUAGCGAGGGUAGUUUGAUAGACAGAUAAUGAUAUGUAGUCAUCUUUUCUGCACCGUUUAAGAGAGAACAGAUUACUUUGGUUAUUGAGCGAAGAAGUGGUUGGUACGGUCUGCAGUGCUAUUCUCAAAGGACACUUUCUGUAAGUAGACAAUUAAAAAUAAGUUGCAAAACUGUUGUUAACAAUGAGGAUCUGUAUUUUUUUUUUUUUUUUUUUUACUUUUUUAUUGCUGAGAAUGAAGAUAUUCUAACUUACUGCUAUUUUACUGGCUUCCUUAGUGUUCCUCAUUUUGAGUGGUAAUUGCUUUUGGAUUAUGUGCAUGUAUGAAAUACAAAUAAAUAUGUCAGUUUGUAACAUAA